AUGCCUUUAAAAUAAAAAAGAAAUUUAGGCAAAGCUCUUCAAAAAGCUGUGAAGAGUAUGGAUGUAUUUGGAAUACCUGUAUCAUUGACUUAUAAAAAUGAACCUCGAAUAAAAUCAAUGACAGGAGGAUUAGCAACUUUAUUAAUGCGUGGUGGAGUUUUAGGCUACCUAUUAUAUCAGUGUGUUGAUGUACUUAAAAGGAAAACUAUUAUUCAGUCUUCUUCUUUAAGAAUAGAUCUUACAAAUGAAGAAAAUAUGUAUAAGCUAACUUAAAAUGAGUUCGAUAUCGCUUAUAAAGUUGAGUAUAAUUUUUUGAAAACAGAGCCUGAAAAAAUGGGUGAAGUGUUUAAAAAAGAUAUAGAAAUAGAUUAGAAACUGAAAAUUGCUAGUAUGGCAGGCUAGGGCUAGAUGAGAAUAGUGGCAGCUAUUCAGCUAAAGUCGCUAAGUAGGUUCAAAUAGGAGUAUUUCCUUGCAAUUAAACUUAUCUUGACAUUAAAACAAAUUGAACAAAAACUUGCAAAUCAAAAGAAGAGCAAUUGA